AUGCUCAGAGUGGAUACUGAACCAGCAGCUAUUUUGAAAAAAGAUCCAAUAGAAUUUCUUAAGGAAAACGUAAAAACUGUGUUCAUACCGAAAUAUUUACAUGAACAUUUCCAAUGUGCAGUAGACAAACAUGUUUUUAUAAAUAACCCAUGGAAGAAAAUAUCCCGUAAGAAAAUUAUUGAAAAUUUACAGAUACAAAAAACGAACUCAUGUUUUUGGGAAUUUCGUGCACAAAUUGAAGCCCUUACAAAUGAUGAUGUUUUAAUUGGAUAUAAAUCCUCAAGUAAUACAGACGAAGAAUUUUUUUUAUGCACCACUGACAAAGCUAAACGAUAUGUUGAAGAAGCACAAAUACGAGCACAAAAAGAGCUUGAUCAACAAGUUGAGAGAUCCAUGUAUCGUAAAAUACGUCAUUGGGAUUCUAAAGGUAGUGAACAAGAUAUUGAAAAUAAAAAAACAGUUACAACGCGUGAAAAGGCCAAAACAAAAACGAUCAAUAGAGAAAUGCAAACAAUACCAAAAAUUAAAGAUAAUAAAUGUAUUCAGUCGGUUAUUGAAAAAGAACUAAUUGAUCAAUCACAGCCUAAUAUUAAAUCAGUACAAGUGCUGGAUGAUUUUUUACUAAAAAAUACUCCUGAAAUAAUUACUCAAUUACAAUAUAACGAAUUGUGCGAUAUAUACCGUGACGAUUACAAGUUGAUGGGAGAAAGAAGUAAAACUGAAAUCAAUUAUGUUGACGAGCUCAUAAAAAUUCAUCCUGGAUAUCAGAAUGAGAUAUCCCAAAAAAAAUACGUAUCUUGUCACACUUGGCAUCCUACAAUAGUAGGUGUUUUCGCAGUUUCUUACAUGGCUAAUAGCAAUGAGUUGUUGAAACCCGUAAGCUUAAAAAAAACAGACGAGGAAACUACUGCGUCUAAUGUAAAAUUAAAAAGCAAAAAUUUCAGUAUAUCAUACAACGAAGAUGACGAUGACCAAGAUAAUUGGAAUAAGCAACCAAAAGUUAAAGUUAUCGAUAAUAAUUAUGAGGAAAAGCUCGUGUCUUUUUUGAACAGAGAAUUUGUACAGAAAAUGAGAAUUCUUCAAAUAUCCGAAGAAGAAAAAAUGAGCAAAGAACCUACAAACGACAUUAAUAAACGUUUGCGCGAUGCGUUAAUCUAUGAUUCUAAUGAACAACAUUCUGCGUGUGACGAGUUUGCUGGAGAGGGACAUAGUAACGAAGACGACGUAAUAAGCAAUAAAACUGAUUACUCAGUAUGUUAUGAGAAAAUGAUGGCUACUAAAGAUUUAAGUGAAAUUAACGAAUUGCGUCACCAUGAUUCUGACACUGAAAGUUUUUAUAAUAUUUGGGGCGAAGAUGAUGAAUGGUUGUAUAAUAACGAACUGAGGAACGUUGUUAGAAAUUUACAUAGGGAAUUUAAUAAAAAAUAUAAUCGAGAAGCUAAAGAAGAAAAAUUAUUUCAACUCUUAAUGUCUGAAACUGAAAAAAAAAAAGAAAAUGAAGAAACUAAAAAAAAUAAACUUAAGUUAACCAAGAAUAUGUUCGAAGCUGGGGAUAUAUGUAAAAAAUUUAGAGGUAAUAAAAAAAAUAAAACUAAACUAGUCAAACAAUACGCAUUGCUACAAAAUGACCAAGAAUCUAUGAUCAAACGAGAAAGUACAUCAUUAAUAGAUGAACAGAAUAACGCAGUCAUUAUUUGGUCAAUUAGUGAUAAUGUAUUUCCAAAAUUGAGAUUGGAAAGUCCCGAAGAAGUACGAUGUGUUGAAUUUAACCCUAGAAAUGGGAACACCGUCGUAGGAGGAUUGAUGAAUGGACAAAUUUGUAUAUGGGACAUCGAAGGAAAAUUGGAGGCAACGGGUUCGAGUUUGAGCAUGUCUGAAAAGGAAAAACAACAUAAAAAACAUCUGUACAUGCAUAUGAGUUGGUCGUUAGACGUAAAUUUUAAAACUAGAAUCAGACCGACAGUAUUAAGCGCCAUCAUAGAAUCUCACGAGACAACAGUCACUGCGAUUCAAUGGAUUCAUCCAAUGAACAAAAUAACUUCAUUAGGCAAACUUAUAUCGACGAAACAAGGAAAAUUUUCGGAACAAUUUAUUUCAGCUUCUUUGGAUGGGACUAUAAGACUUUGGGAUUUGCAACCCAAGUCAAUACAAACCUAUCAAAAAAAUUCAACAAAUAGUCGUUUUGAGUAUCCAAAAAAAUUGUUAUCCAAUAAAUCACCAUUAAGCAUUCUCAACAACCAUCUAAAACCAUCGUAUUCGAUCAUAAUCAGAGAACCAGCAGAAGACCCAAUGAAUAGCACCACGUAUAGCCCUAUAACAGCGCUGUCCUUUGAAAUACCCUUAAUGCAAUACAAAUACACCUCUGAUCAACCAUUGACGAUCGGCGAACGGCAAUUCGAAUACAUACCAGUAGAGCCUAGUGACCCAAACCGUACUUUGGUGGUUGGAACUAUUAUGGGCCAAAUCGGAGUUGUAACAUGGGAAGGAUAUGAUACAUAUCCGCGAGAUGGAAACGUAGAAGAGUGCAAACAUAUAUGGUGGAAACAAAUACACGACGGACCGAUCAACUGCAUCAAAAGAAAUUACUUUUUACCGGAUAUUCAUUUGGCCUGUGGUGGGAAAGUAGUGUCAGUUUGGAAUUUGAAAUAUAAAAAUGGUCCAAUUUGGUGGAAACGUUUCGAUGAUUUUACAAACAGCGUUUUAUGGUCUACUACUCAUCCCACGAAAUUUCGCGUGUCCUUCAACAACAGUGGCGUUAUACAAUUUUGGAAUUUUAUGGUGCACACUCAUCAACCGUACUAUACUGCGGAUAUUUUUCUCAAAGAUGGGCUAAUAGCAUCAUUGUCGUGCCCGUCUCCGUUAUAUAGUUAUAUUGGCGCAGAAAGUGUAAUGUUUGCUAAAGGUGUAAACGAUAUGGUAAACUACAAGAAAAACAGGAUAAUAUGUUUCUCGGAUUCAGCUGGGACGGUAAUGAUAAUGACUAUACGUGCAAUGAUACUGAAACAAAGCGAAAUCAAAGAAAUCGGAAAUCUAUUUCAAGAAGAGUGUGAUUGGUUAAGAGGGUUAGACACUUGGAACGAAAAGUACAAAGAUGAAUUCGGGGUCUCGGGAGAAUAUGACGUGGACGAACAUGAUUACAAGUCAAUUCAAUCAUACGAACAAUUGCAUGCGGCUGAAAGCGAAUACAUUCCACCUGCAGUAGUGUCACGAGAUCAAAUACAGAAAACAAUUUGUGACGAAACAUUCAAUUGGUAUAUAAAUCGGAGAGGACCACAAACACGUUUGGGUAAAUUGAAAUAUGAAUACUUACAACGAGAAAAGCAAUAUAUGGUCGAGGCCAUGAUGAAAAAAAAGAAUAUCAGUAAAAAACAAAUUGAUGACUAUUACUUUGAAGUUAUGAAUAAAAAUAGCAGUAAAACUAAAGAGAUUUCAAUAAUAAGAUCCGAAGCCGAUAAAAAGUAUAGAGACAUUAUAAAUAAAUUAUUGGCUGCUGAUUAUACAGAAGAAUAUAAAUUUGAUGCUAGUUUAAAAAGAAACGCCGAAUCAGAAGAUUCAGACAUAAUGUUUCAACAGCUUCAAAAAUUGUCAAUAUUAAAUAUUAAAAUCGAAAAAGAAAAAUAUAUUAAUCAUAUAAAUAAUAACCAUUAUAGAUCUGAAGAAGUAAACUGGGCCCAAGUAUUUGAUUUUGUGGAAAAGGAAGACAAAAAUAUAUUAAAUGAUCCAAAUAUCUUU